AUGUCCUCCGGCGCUCUGAUCCAACCGACCACACUGCGCAGCCCUCACCCCUCGCUCCCCUGUGAUCGCAUGGACAACCCCUUCCUUGCUCGACAUGUCCCCUCCUCGCCGAUGGGAGGGGGCCAUGAGCAUCACCACCACCACCACCACCACCACCACUUUGUGGCAGACAUCGGCGGGCCAGCUUGCUUCACACUUUCCCCCCCCUCGGCUGCCGGGCACUGCAACGGCACCUCGACCGCUCGGUCCCUCAUCACGCCGCCCUCGUUUGGCACGCCCAGCGCCCUGGCGGCCACCCUGCCCGGGCCCAGCCAUCGAGCCCUCUGGGCCGGGGCCGCGCCCGAAAGCGACAUCCUAGAUGCCGCCCGGCCGCACCUCAAGCGCAAGCCCAUCACCCUCGCCCACCCUGCCGCAUCGCCCAGCAUUUCGCCCCAGCAGCCUGAGGACGCCCUGACGAAGGGGCUCUAUCCCAUCGGCGGUCGGCCCGCCACCGGCAUGGCCCCCGGGCCGGGCGACCUCUCCCCGAGCGAGGGCGAUCUCUUCCGACGCGAGCCGGUCUUCUCCCCCCGGCCGAAGAACCUGGCCGCCACCCGUCGGACACAGCAGCCACAGCCGCACGUCGUGCCGUCGGAGUCCUCGGGGCACCAGGCCAACCCGGCCUCCGGCUGGACCCCCUCGCCAUUUGUCUUUUCUCUGGCCGGCAUGGACCCCGCCACUUCGGGCACCGGGACAUUCCACUCGCCCCUGAGAAGCACGCCGGCCUCCCUCUCCAGCUUCAACAUUUCUCCCGAAGCCCCAGGGCAACAGGGCGGGCUCCCCCCUACGCCCUUGCCGCCGCCGCAGCACCAACAGCAGCAGCAGCAACAGCAGCAUGCUACUGGCUGUUCCACCUCCUUCCUUGCCACGCCAAUCGCCACCCCCUGCGCCUCGCCGGUCAUUGGCGGCGGCAAUAGCAGCGCCUCCGCCGCGGCCCUGUAUAGCCGCAGCCCCACCUCCAAUGACCUGCACCGUUCGAAACGCCACCAGUCGGCGCACUCGUCCGGUUCGUCCUCAGCAGUGGCCUUCCUUUCGCGCAGCCGGCCCAAUGCCACGUCUGCCCCGGACAUCAUCACUCCCAACGGCGGCAGCGGCAGCGGCAGCGGCGGCACUUCUUGCGGGAUUGUCUCAUCGGCAUCGGCGUCACUGCUUGGCUUGACAGCCGAAGAGGGGUCCGCCUCUGAGGGGGGCAGCCUCUUGCUGGGCAGCAGCUCCACCACGCCGAGCAUCCCCUCGGCUUCGCAGCUCGUCCGGUCCAGCUCGUCGCCGCUCUUCCUCGAGUCGAGCUCCUCCUCAGAUAGCCUCUUCCAGGGCUCCGGCUUCGCUGCCCCUUCGGCCGGGGGUGGCCUGCCGCCCACGGCAACCGCCGGCUUCGGGGGAGGACGCCCCUUCCAGUCCCCCACCGGUAGCCACCACCUUUCAGACAUACUUCACUCCUCCUGGACGCCGAUCGAGCGCUCCUUCCCGCCCCCCGCUCCCGGGCACUACCUCAAUCCCCUGAAGGACAUGAGGGCGGCCAUGGCGUCGCUGCACCCGCACCAGCAUCAGCCAUCGCAGCAACCGGCCACCACCGACAGCGACAGUGAUGACCACUUCCCGGCCCCGCCGACACCAGCCUCCCUGCGGUCGGUCAGCCCGGAGUCCUCCGGUUCGGCAUCAUCCUCCUCGUCUUCCUCCCAGGCCACCGGGGCCCGGGCUCCCUCCCCCUCGACCAGCCAGCUGUCGACCACACCGACCUCCAGCGCCGCACACUAUUACCUGGCCACGUCGGGUCGUCGGCGAGCGGUCGUCUACGGCCAGCCUGGCGAGGACCUGUCCUGCCCGUUCACGGCUGCGGCGGCCGCCGCCGCUGCCGCCGCCGCCGCCGCCGCCGCCUCCACUGCCGCCGACCAGCAGCAGCAGCAGCAGCAGCAGCAGCAGCAGCAGCAGCAAUUCUCACACCAGUAUCCCCUCUCCGUGGCACCGACGACGGUUCCCAUGCGGGGUGGCGCCCAUGGCACCACGGCUGCCUCCCAGCAGCAGUCCUUCUUCCCUUCGGAUGGCGGGUCCCUCUCCUUCAUGCGGCAGCAGGGCUUCGAGCAGUCUGGCUUCCGGGGCACGGCAUCCACAUCCCCGGUGUCCGGCUCGUCGUCCACCUCCUCGCUCAGCUCGCUCUUUGGCACGUCACAGGCUGCCCCCAUCUCGACGACUGCCUCCACCAACUGUGGGGCUUCGGCUGACCUGGAGGAGGAUGACCGCAUGAUGAUGAGGAUGGAGACCGACUGCGACGGUGACUGUGACGGUGACCAAGCCAUGUAUUUUUAA